GUGAGGAACUACCUGAAAGAAGCCUUGGUGAACAUCAUCACUGUCCAUGCAGAGGUAAUUCUUGUACUCGAAGAUGUGCGCGACUAAAAUGACUUGCCUUUCUGUACAAUGACUUGAACCUCUCACAGUUACUUACAUUGAAUCUACCCCUCUCUCUCUCUCUCUCUCUCCCUUUUAGGUCUUCACAGUCUCUAAGGACCUAGUUCCCAGGGUUUUGACUAGAAUCAUUGAGGGUGUGGCGGAAGAGAUGAGUCGCCUGAUGCAGUGUGUCUCCUCCUUCAGCAAGGACGGAGCCAUUCAGGUACACACACACUUUCAGUUUGCCACUCUCUCUGGUGAGUCAAAUGAAGACCCCCUACCCCAACUGGGGGGAUUUACCCUAUUUUACUGA